AUGGAUUAUAGAACUCGUUUACAAGCUUCAAUUGACUGCAUCAGACAUUGUGUACGGCAAGGUCAUGCACUUCGAGGGCAUGAUGAAUCAGAACCAUCCAAGAAUAGGGGGAAUUUUAUUGAACUUCUGAAAUUUCAUGCUCGUGGUAGGCAGGAUGUGGAACGUGUUGUGUUGAAAAAUGCUCCAAAGAACUUACAAAUGACUUCUCCAGACAUACAGAAGGAUAUUGUCCAUGCAAUUGCAUCUGAAAUCACCAAGGGAAUCAUAUGUGACAUUGGAGAUGAUGUCUUUUCCAUUUUGGUGGAUGAAGCUCGGGAUACAUCAAUCAAAGAGCAAAUGGCUAUCGUUUUACGCUAUGUGAAUGAAGAAGGAUAUGUGAUGGAGAGAUUUCUUGGGAUUGCUCAUGUUGCAGAUACUAAAGCCUUGACACUUAAAAUGGAAAUUGAAUCCAUGCUUGUGACAAAUGGGUUGAGUUUGUCAAAAAUAAGGGGACAAGGUUAUGAUGGGGCUAGCAAUAUGAGUGGGAAAAUUAAUGGACUCAAGACUUUGAUUUUGGCAGAAAAUUCAUCUGCAUAUUAUGUUCAUUGUUUUGCUCAUCAGCUUCAGUUAACACUUGUUGCAGUUGCUAGACAUCAUGGCGAUGUGGGUGGCUUCUUCAAGGCUGUGAGUGAUCUAAUUAAUUUGGUUGGAGGAUCUUCUAAACGAAUGGAUAAAAUUCGAGAAUGUCAAGCUGCUAAAGUUGUUGAGGCUUUAUGUCGUGGUGAACUUGAGACUGGACGGGGGUUGAAUCAGGAACUUGGCCUCAAAAGGCAUUGUGAUACUCGUUGGGGAUCACAUUUUGACACACUUCUUAACUUGACUCGAAUAUAUUCUUCUCUUAUUGAGUGUUUGGAUAUCAUUAUAUGGGAGGGAAAUUCUGAUGCAAAAGCUGAUGCAUCUUGCUUGUUGAGGUUAGUCCAAAACUUUGAUUUUGUAUUCAUCUUGAAAAUGAUGAUUGGAGUGCUCUCAAUUACCAGUGAGUUGUCUUCAACUUUGCAAAGGAAAGAUCAGGAUAUAGUGAAUGCUAUGCAUCUUGUUCGUGGAGCAAAGUUUAGAUUGCAGGAGAUGAGGGAUAAAGGAUGGGAUUCUCUUCUUGAUAGUGUUUUUUCAUUCUGCAAUAAGGAAUCUCUUCCCAUUGUCAACAUGGAUGAUCUAUACUUUCCUCUUGGAAGACUAAGGAGAAAAUCUGAAGAAAUCACCAAUCUGCAUCAUUACAAGGUUGAGCUAUUUUAUACAAUUGUGGAUAUGCAACUACAAGAGCUGAAUAGUCGCUUUGAUGAGAUUAACACUGAAUUGCUAUGUUGUGUGGCAUGCUUAAAUCCAGAUGAUUCAUUUGCUGACUUUGACAAGGAAAAGUUGUUGAAGCUUGCUACCUUUUAUCCUAAUGAGUUCUCCAAAGAUGAUAUCUCACAUCUUGAUCUUCAUCAACUAGAUGCUUAUAUAUUUGAUAUGAAGACUGUGGAAAGGUUUGCAGGAUUAAAGGGAAUUGCUGAGCUUUCUAGGGAAAUGGUUGUGUCAAAAAAACAUCGAGUGUUCCCACUGGUGUAUAGACUUCUGAAGUUGGCAUUGUUUCUACCUGUUGCCACUGCAAGUGUUGAAAGAGCAUUUUCUGCAAUGAACUUCGUGAAGAACACGCUUCGGAAUCGAAUGAGUGAUGAAAUCAUGAAUGAUUUUUUAGUUGGCUACAUUGAGAGCGACAUCCUCGAUAGUUUAGAUGAUGAAUGUAUUUUACAUACUUUUCAGAAUAUGAAAGCACGUCGUGGGUCUUUGUAA